UUCACACACGGGAAAUAUCGUCGAUAUCGUCGUCUCCGUCCUUUGACUGUCGGCGAUGAGGGCGUCAUUGGAUCCAGCAGUGAGAGAUGUCGAGGGCUCUGACCAGUAUGAAGGAGAUAUAGACACUCGGGGCAUCACUGAUGAAGAUCACGGUAUGAAGUUACAAGCCACUUUGCAGCUAGCGUUACGGUCCAGUGAUUUUGACGCAAUCAAAAGUAUAGUUGAAAAUGACAACUUUGACGUUAAUUGGCGUGACGUCACUCACGAUCUUCAGAGUCUCGUUAUGAAAUUAUGCUACGUAGAACUCAAUCAAGAGGAAGUUCUUCAAUUAUAUGACGCCAUCUUUGAAAAAGACCCGGAUUUAAAUUUGCAAGAUUCUCACGGCCGCACGGCAUUGAUGCACGCUUGUAUUGCAGGAAAGGAGGAUAUUGUGGACUAUUUAAUCAGUGACCCAACCACGAGGAUUGAAAUCUUUGAUUUUGAUGGUAAUUCUGUCUUGUCUCACGCCGUUAAGGCGCAGGACGUUCGCACUACAAGGAGACUUCUAGAUCAUCCUAGCGGGCACCUGUUACUAGAGGUGUACAACUGUUUCGGUCAGAGACCUAUCGACAUAGCAGAGAAACAGGAAAGAAAAGAAUAUUAUAAUCUGUUAAGGAAAUACCAGAAGGAGCAACGACCGAUGGAAAGUCAGAAAAAGAUGACUGUACUUCCGCCCGCGUUCUCACCUCAAAACGAGGCUGCACUUAGACUGAAUGCUUCUAAGGCUAGUUCCUUAACAGAUGUAGAUUUACUUAAAUGUACACCAAGAUCAACCUAUAUUGAUGACGAAACACCAAAUCUUUAUCUGACAUCACCAAAACUAAGAAGAAAGAAACACAAAAGAUCAAUAGAUAAGUCGUACCUAGAAACUUCACUUCCUGCAAUCAAAUCAAAUGAUAUCAACAGGAGCAAUAAAGCGUCACCAAGGGAACAACAUAAACAAAAAUUAAAGGCAGACUCAAAACAAAGGGAAAGGAGAAAUUCCAUUUCACUUCCGGACCUUCGGGACUCCCCAGGCGGAUUAGUGACUUCCAGUGGGAACACCCCAAUUGAAAACUAUGACUACUCGUCAGAUUCAGACUUCAGUGAUGACGCAAUUGUUGACCUCUCUCACGGGUCACCGAGAAAACCAAUAGAGCGUGUAGUCAAACGAAGCGCAUCGGAAAAACAAAUUGGAUUUCCGAGCAUUGAUAAAGGUAAAGAGGGUUCUAAAGUAAAAAGGACUCUAACGGAGGGAAGUCUUUACAGCAACAGCGAUAGCAAACUAGACAGACUCAAACUUCUACAAAAGACUGUACUUAGUUAACAGCGAUAGCAAACUAGACAGACUCAAACUUCUACAGAAGAGCGUGCUUAGUUAACAGUGAAGGCAAGAUAAACAGACUCAAACUUCAACAGUGUGUUACCUUAAUUAACAGUAACAGCAAGCCAGACAGACUGAUUAUAUAGAAAUGCGUGCAGUGCUAAGUCAACCAGAGCUAGGCUGAGCUAAAAAUAUUUAAAAUUCUUCACAAUAUAAUAGCGUGCUGACAUACUGAAAAUUAAAUAAAAGUAUAUGGUACUUAGAGCAAGCUAAAUAUAUUAAAAAGUUUAAAGAAAAGCGUGUUUACUGAAUGUCGCCAAUUUGUGUCGGCUUCAGGAAUGCGAGAUCUUUUUUUUUUUUUUUUUUUCUUUUUUUUUUUUUACAAAUAAAGUGCAUAUAUAACCCUUUAAUGGAAAUUUAAUUAAAGUGGAAGUUAUGUAGUUCUUGAUUUUUGUACAUGUUGA